GCACCUUAUCCAUUGUGGCUAAUGGGGUAACGAUGAGUGACCACAAAUUACAGUCCUUCUGUUCAAGCACUAGUCAUCAAUCUAUGAGGUAGUACCCAGAAUUGGAAAGGAAGUGUGAGAAAAAAAUGGCACCAAGUUUUUGUUGUUUGACACCACCAAUUCCAAUACCAAUUCUAAUUCCAAUAUCAUCGUCAUCCUCUAUCUCCAAAUUCAUCUCUGACCAACCUUACCUUUCCAUGCUAGAGACACAAUGCAAGUCCAUGACCAACCUCAAAACAAUUCAUGCCCAACUCAUCAAGAUUGGUCUAGCCAAAGACACUGUUGCUUCCAGUCGCGUAUUAGCCUUUUGCGCUACCAACCCAUCUGGGGAUUUGAACUAUGCUUACCUUGUCUUCACUCAAAUUCACAAUCCAAAUCUCUUCACUUGGAACACUAUAAUCAGAGGCUUCUCUAAUAGCUCAACUCCACAAAUUUCAAUCUCUCUCUUCAUUGACAUGUUGGUUUCUUCACCAAUUCAACCACAAAAUCUCACUUACCCAUCACUCUUCAAGGCCUAUUCUCAACUGGGUUUAGCUCGUGAUGGAGCUCAGCUUCAUGCCAGAAUCAUCAAACAGGGUCUUCAAUUUGAUCCCUUUAUACGAAACACUGUUUUAAAUAUGUAUGCGAAUUGUGGGUUUUUGUUAGAGGCCUGUAAAUUGUUUGAUGAAGAUGAUGAUUUUGAUAUCGUUGCGUGGAAUUCGAUGAUAAUGGGUCUUGCGAAAAGUGGGGAAAUUGAGUAUGCAAAGAGACUGUUUGAUAAAAUGCCAACUAGAAAUGAAAUUUCAUGGAAUAGUAUGAUCAGUGGGUAUGUUAGGAAUGGCAAGUGGGUUGAGGCAUUAGACCUUUUUAACCAAAUGCAAUCGGAGAAUGUUGAACCGAGUGAGUUUACAAUGGUGAGCUUGUUGAACGCUUCGGCUUGCUUAGGAGCAAUUAAGCAAGGCAAAUGGAUUCAUGAUUAUAUGAGGAAGAAGGAUAUGGAUUUGAAUAAUGUGAUUGUUGUUACAGCAAUUAUAGACAUGUAUUGCAAGUGCGGUUGUAUUGAAAAGGGUCUUGAGGUGUUUGAGAAAGCCCCACUGAAAGGAUUGUCAUGUUGGAACUCAAUAAUUUUAGGGUUAGCGACAAACGGGCGUGAAGAAGAAGCACUGCAAUUUUUCUCAAGGCUUGAAUCGUUGUCAGAACACAAACCAGAUUGUGUUAGUUUUAUAGGUGUUCUAACGGCUUGUAAUCACUCGGGUUUGGUUGAUAAGGCAGGAGAAUAUUUCACCUUAAUGACCAAGAAACACAAUAUUGAACCGUCAAUGAGGCACUAUGGUUGUUUGGUUGAUGUACUAGGGCGGGCAGGACUAGUCAAAGAAGCAGAAGAGGUUAUAAUGACAAGUAUGCCAAUGAGCCCUGAUGAAGUUAUAUUGGGGUCUUUACUUUCAGCUUGCUGGAAGCAUGGAAAUGUAGAGAUAGGCCAACGGGUGGCGAAAAAAUUAGUUGAGUUGAAUCCAAGCGAGAGCUGUGGGCAUGUGCUAAUGUCCAAUUUCUAUGCAGCAUCUGGUGAAUUUGAGAAAGCGAUGGCAGAGAGGAUUGCAAUGAAAAAGAAGCAACCGGGAUGCAGCUCAAUUGAAAUAGAUGGAGUAGUUCAUGAGUUUGUAGCUGGUGGGAGGAGCUUAAAUCCUCAAAUCCAAGAAAUAUAUUAUCUAUCCAAUGACUGAAUGACUUGAGCUUGAUGUUACAAGAUGAUGAACAACUUGUUUUCGACCCAAAUUCGCUCUCCACCGGAUGCUACCGCCAUUCACCAUGGAGCUCUUUCUCUACCGUCUUCAUCGCCACCGUUACUUGUUGCAUCCAUAACCUCAGAUCUGAGAUCAUUCACAGUCGUCGUUGCCGGAAAAUGACGAUUUGCGACGGUUCGCAAACCUCAAAUCUGAGAUACUUCACUCUCUCUCUCUCUCUCUCUCUCUCUCUACUUCUUCUUUUCUUGAUCAUCUGUUUUCGAACUCUGUCUCUCUCUCUCUCUCUCUUUCUUCUUCUCAUGAUGUUCUGUCAUUCCAACAGUAAAAUUUUACUUUGGUUCAUGACACAACACUCUUCUAUAAAGCCAUCCUCGUAGCUUGUUUCAGAGUAAAAUUUUAAUUUGUAAUAAAAAAUAAAAAAUAAAAGAGUAAAAUUUUAUUUUGAAUAUUAAAUGAACGAGUCAGAGUCAAAUUUAACUUUUAGAUCUAUGAACAAACAAACAAAAAAAACUCUUGAUUUUUCAUUUUAAUAUCUCGAUUUCUCAUUUUUCUGUCAAAUCUAAGUUUUUUUUUUUUUUUUUAAAUCUCAAAUAUGAAGUUAUUGAUCUUAAAUAUGAGUACCAAAUCUGAGAUGGUGGUGGUUUGAGGUAAAAAUGGUGGUUGCCAACCGACGGUAAGGAUGAGCGAUGCCAAUAGACGAUGAAGCUGGUGGAGAUGAUGAACAACAUCGAGUUGGUGAAGAGAGAGAGAGAGAGAGAGCUGUAAAAAAAGAGAAGAAAGAGAGGGUAUAAGUGUCAAAUAAAAUAUUUAAAUAACAAAUUUUGUCCUUCAUACAGGACUAUAUAAUUAUGAGAGGGUUUUGAAAGUAUUAAUUUUUUUUAUUUUUUUUCUGUCCUUUUAACAAGAAAAGGAAGUUAGGAGGGUUUUAUGGCCAAAUUUCCAAUUUUUCUAUUCAAACUCUAUUUUGUAUUGGAUGUGAAUUUGCAUCAUGGGAUCCUAAAAUUUGUUGAGCUUGAUUAGGAUGAAAGUAGUGAAAAAUGCAUAAAAGAGAAACAAUAAAAACUUUCACGCAUAUGAUCUUUCUUCUUACUCAUUUUUAAUGCAGUAAUAUAUUCUAUUAGAUGAGUUUGUUGGUGAUUGACAAUUUUUGUCGGAGUAAUGCAAGAUAUCAGAUUUGGCAAACAGAACAGAAAACGGAAAAAAA